UUUAAAACUUACAAGUUGAUUCAACAAUCAAUAAUACAGAGUAUAAAGUGAAAAAGUGAAAACGAUGAAGACAGAGUUUUCAAAAGAAAAAACGUACCUGAUCUUGAAGAUCUAAUUUUGAAGAGAAAAGAAGACGUGGAAAAUAACAGAAAACAGUGAAAUUGGCGAAGAUGACGGCAACAAUGGAGGACGGAGGUUCGGAGAGUAGUAUGAACGGGUGCCAGUCAGGGACUCAGUGAGUCAGCAACAGGUGCAAGGCUAAGAAGAUGGUGAAAUCGGAUACUUGGGAAUGACAACUAAGAGGGAUUGGUGAGGUAUGUUCUAAAAGAUCAAAAUAAUGAGUUUUUGUCCCUAAUUUCCUAUAUAUUUAUAAUUGAUUCGUGAUAUAUUUUUUCCUGAUUUUCAUAAUUUUUGUGAGAUUUCUUUCUAAUUUUUAUAAAAAAAAUCCUCCGUAAUCUUGUACGUUUUUAUAUUUGUUUAUGAUCUGUAUGCAUGAUAGCACUAAAAAUCAGCAUCGCAUCUUCAAUUUUUUGAAGAAUAAAUCUCGAUUUUGUACUUGAGUAUGAUCACGAUUGCAACAUUUUCGCUCAAAAUCCCUGAGUAAUUUCCAAUCAAAUCGCUAUAAAACUGUUUUCAUGUGACAAAUUACAUAAUCCAUCAGCAAAAGCUUCAACGCAAGUUUGGAUUUUGACAGGGGCAUCAUAAUAAGAAUUUCUUGACAUCUAUCUUUGUGUGAUAAUGCAUUUGCAUCACUUAUUUACUUAUUUUAAAAUCCUUUAACAGUAAUCAUAUCAUCUUUAUUAACCCUUAUGAACUAAUUCUAUCAAAAUAUAAAAGAGCUUUGACUUACUUAAACAAAAAAAAUCUUUUUCUGCCAAUUUUAAUCCAAGUUUUUGACUAUUAUCUCGAGAUGUAUGCUUCCAACACUGCAAUUUGACAUCCAAUGGGAAAUCCGUGAGUGAUCCAUGAUAUGUACAAGAGCCAUUAUACAUAAAAUGGAAAAAUAGGAUUGUCUCAGUGGCUGCAGAUACCAAUGUAUGCUUGUUAGGGAAGCAGAAAGAGAUACACUUGGCGAUACACCUGUCAAAUAUCAUGGAAAAUGGGCACUCAGACGUAUGAUGUUCGGUGGAAAUAAAGUGUUCAUACCAAGGGCACUUGUUGAUCUUGCUGCAGUAGUGUCGUCUGCAUUGUUAAUGAAUGAGCCUCAAUGGGUGGGUAUAAUUGUCAAACCAAUAAAUAAUUCCCUAAAAGGAGCUGCUUUACAUAUUGAUACUGGUCCUGGAUUGAGGAUAGAAGAGUCAUUUCCCAUUGAAAUGGAGAAAUACGGAUUAGAGGAUAAAAAGAACGAUAAUGAUUCUGUUAAGGAAAUUACGAAAUUAACCUUGAAGAAUGGUAGCAUAGAGUUGCCUGAUUGGGCAAGUAAUAUAGAGUGUUUUAUGGGUUCUAGUUCGUGCCAUUAAUGAAGGACUUGCAAGAGGAACAUCUGCAGGUUUAGUUAUUACUCUUAUUAGAAUAAGUUACAUUUCUGUUCCCUGUGUAAAUGAGGAAGAACAUCAAUAAAUGGAAGCUACGAAAGAGAAGAAUAAUAAAUAUUUUUGUAAAAAAUGACAAUGUAGCAUAAAGUUACAUUUCCAUCCUUAUACAUGUUUCUUUCUCACC